AUGGCUAUACCAGAUCGUAUUGGACCAGAUCACGGCCCAAAACGGAGCAUUGAUCAAAAAGCUCGCCGCUUGCUGAAGGCCUUCACCACAAAGGACGGACUCAUUGGGCGUUAUGACUAUGCAUUUCUGUUCAAGCCAAAUCUCCCUUUCAUGAAAAAGGAACGAAGAGCGGCGCCCUUUUUCGGUCUCCAUGAUCGCAUGCCAGUUCUCCUCGCGCUUCUUCUCGGUUUCCAACAUGCCCUUGCCAUGUUGGCGGGCAUCAUCACGCCGCCCAUUAUCCUUGCCAGCUCAGCAAACCUAACACUGGAGAUGCAGCAAUACCUAGUCUCGACUUCGUUGAUUGUAUCCGGAAUACUCUCUGCAAUUCAAAUGUCGCGCUUCCACUUCUACAAGACUAAUUAUUAUCUUGGCACUGGACUCAUCUCGGUAGUCGGAACAUCCUUUGCGACCAUCCCCAUCGCCACCGGAGCGCUGGCACAGAUGUACCAGACAGGAUUCUGUCCGAUUGACGCAGAUGGGAUUAAGCUUCCUUGUCCGGAUGGUUAUGGAGCUAUCCUGGGCACGCAAUGUGUCUGCGCUCUGCUCGAAAUCCUCAUGUCCUUCACUCCGCCCAGGAUCCUAAAGCGCAUCUUCCCUCCUCUAGUCACCGGUCCCACCGUUAUGCUUAUCGGCGUCCAUCUCAUCGAAACCGGUUUCAAGAACUGGGCGGGUGGUUCGAACGAUUGCGCUGGCAGACCCGAGACAGGCCUUUUCCGACUAUGCCCUAACAUCAAUGCACCUCACGCGCUUCCGUGGGGAAGUGCCGAAUUUGUUGGCCUCGGGUUCAGCGUUUUCAUCACCAUCAUCAUCUGCGAGCGCUUUGGUGCGCCUAUCAUGAAGUCCACAGCUGUCGUCAUUGGUCUGCUCGUCGGGUGCAUCAUCGCUGGUGCGUGUGGAUACUUUGACAGGAGCUCCAUAGAUUCUUCGCCAGCUGCUUCCUUUAUCUGGGUGCAUACUUUUAAGCUCUCGGUAUACGGGCCUAUUGUGUUGCCUUUACUUGCCGUCUACAUGGUUCUUGCUAUGGAAGCUAUGGGCGAUAUUACUGCUACUUGUGAUGUCUCGCGUCUGGACGUCGACGGCGAACUCUUCGAUUCACGUAUCCAGGGUGGCAUCCUCGCUGAUGGACUCAAUGGCAUCCUCUCCGGCCUCUGCACCAUAACCCCCAUGUCCGUCUUCGCCCAAAACAACGGUGUCAUCGCCCUCACCCGCUGUGCAAACCGUAAAGCUGGUUACGCCGCCUGCUUCUGGCUCAUCGUCAUGGGCGUCUUCGCAAAGUUCGCCGCCGCGCUCGUCGCCAUCCCGUCCGCGGUCCUCGGCGGCAUGACGAGCUUUCUCUUCUCCGCUGUCACGGUGUCCGGGAUAAGGAUUAUCAGUACUGUUGAGUUUACGAGGAGGAACCGGUUUAUUUUGACGGCGGGGUUGACCGUAGGGUUGGGUGCGACGUUGGUGCCGGACUGGUUCUCCUACGUGUUCACCUAUUCGGGGCCCAAUCAUGCGCUCCUGGGUUUCUACAACGCCAUCGUGCUCAUCCUGGAGACAGGCUUCGCGAUUGUAGCCUUCAUCAAUCUCGUGCUCAACUUGGUGCUGCCAGAGGAGAUUGAGAAUGAAGAGAUGCCGGAGUUGACGGCUAAUGAGGCGGAUGAGUUGGCUGAUAGGGUCGAGUGGGAUAGGGUCCAGAAGGGGAACCGGAGCGAUGAGGAGGGAGCUAUCGAGGCUACGAAGGGUUAG